AUGGCCAUGAUAACAAUGUUUUACCUUCCCUAUAUCAGUGCAGUGUUAGGGGAUUGUGGAAGCCUGUCUAGUCCAGAGAAUGGACUGAUAGAUCUACCUGGAGGUACUACAUUCGGACAGAUCGCAACUUUCUCUUGUCACCUUGGUUACAUACUGCAGGGACAGCAGGAACUAGUGUGUACUGGGAAUAGUGUUUGGGAUAACGUAGCACCUACCUGUCAGAUAAAUGAUUUGUAUUGUGGAGGUGUGUUAGAUCCACAGCAUGGUUCUGUCUCCACCUCGGAUUUGUCAAGAUUAAACAGUACAGCAACUUACAGAUGUAACACUGGAUAUAGAAUGGUAGGGCCAGAGACCAGAACUUGUUCUGAAAACAUGGCUUGGGAACCAGACCAGGACACUGAAUGUAUAAUACAAGAUUGUGGGAUACUUCGUAAUCCAUUGAACGGCAAUGUAGAUCAGUCAUCAGGAACUACCUAUGGUCAGACAGUAACUUUCUCGUGCAGUGUAGGAUAUCAGAUAUUUGGUGCUGAGCAAGCCACGUGCAUGGCUGAUGGGAGUUGGAGUACCACCUCACCUUUGUGCCAGAUAACAAGUAUGUUAUUAUCCAUUUUUGACAGGAGAAGUUUUAUGUGGAAAGGUGGAGUUAUGAAGUAA